UCUAUUCGCACUCGGCAGCGCGGGGUGCCGCACUCGCAGUUCAGCUGGAAGAACCGACCGCGGAACGUCCUGGUGAUCAAGAAGCCCAAGGACAAGAACACCACCGCGAUGCUGCCGAGGGUGCACGCCAUCCUGCAGAGCAAGGGGAUAAGGACCUGGGUCGAGCCCGUCGUGCACUGGGAGACUGGGCUCGGCGAGACUUGGGAGCAGGACGACGAUCCGAACCUCGACCGGCUGAUCGACUUCAUAAUCUGCCUCGGCGGCGACGGGACCAUCCUGUGGGUCAGCAACCUAUUCCCCCGGGCCGUCCCGCCCGUGGUAUCCUUCGCCAUGGGAUCCCUGGGGUUCCUCACCGCCUUUGCCGAGGAGUCGAUACCGAAAGCCAUCGACGACGUCGUCGCCGGAAACUUCUUCUUCACGAUGCGAUCGCGCCUCGUCGCGCACGUGGUCCGAGCCGACGGCACCGAGGAACGCGAGCGUCACGUGGUGCUCAACGAGAUCGUCGUCGACAGGGGCGCGCGGUCGCAGCUCAUCGACCUGGACGUCAACGUCGACGGGAAUCCGAUGACAAAGGUGCUGGCGGAUGGCGUCAUGAUAUCGACGCCGACGGGGUCCACGGCGUACGCUCUCGCCGCGGGUGGCUCGAUGGUUCACCCGGGGGUUCCCGGCAUCCUGUUCGUGCCCAUAUGCCCGCACACGCUCAGCUUCCGGCCCCUCGUGCUCCCCGACAGCGUCAUACUCACGAUCCAGGUGCCGGAGACGGCGAGGGUCGAGCCGGUGGCGAGCUUCGACGGGAAGCAGCAGCGGCAGCUGCGGCGAGGGGAGUCGCUGGUGGUGGCGGGGUGGAGGUACCCGGUGCCGGCGAUAUGCCACGCGGGCGAGACGGGGGAUUGGUUCAGGGCGGUGAAGGAUUCGCUGCUGUGGAACGUGCGC